AUGUUCGACAUCGCAUCCGACCUCCGAGCAAUGUCUUCUUCGCAAGCCAACCACCGCCCUUCGGCCGCCGCCGACAAGGAGAAGAAGGCGGAUGAGUCGGCCGCGCAGCCAAGCACGACCGCACCUCAGACGACCCAGACCACCACCACCCCGGCCUCAUCCGAGAACGGCCAGCCAGCCGACGUCCUCCGACGACCAUCCUCAGCACCACCCCUGGUGGGCGCCCACGGACGGGACGAGCAGGAGGAGGAGGCGGACUCGGGCAUGCUGAUCCAGACCCACGGGCGGCGCGCCGACCAGGCCCGGUCCCGCCUCGCCGACAUCCACUUCAGGGCCGUGGACGAGAACGGGCGGGCGAGGGGCCUCAAGCCCAAGCCCUGGGAGCGCCUGCGAGACAAGCUCAUCCCCGGCCGACGCCCGCCCAAGCCCUCGGCAGGAGGAGGAGGAGGAGGGCACGGCGGACUGCAGAGCAUCCGGGAAGACGGCGGCAGAGACGGCGGCAGCUUCGAGCGGGCCAGCAUCUCGCCGUCGCAGAGCGACAUCGAGGCCCUGGACGCGUGCUUCGAGGGCGUCGGCGCGCGCAGCGGCAGCAGCGUCGUCUUUGACGACAGCCAGUGCUCGAGGGUCAUGUCGAGGCAGUCGUCGAGCUACCUGGCCUCUCUGUCGAGACAGCGUGCCAAUACCGCGCCAAAUGCCACGGACAACGGCAACAACAAUGCGGCCCGCAAGAUGCAGCAUCUCCCGCCUCCGCCGGAGGACGACGACGACGAGAGCGUCUCCAUCACCUCGUCCUGGGACGUCGUCUCGGCCGUCUCGCAGAACCCGCGGCCCAACAGGCUCAAGGAGCGCUUCACCGGCAUGGCAGAGGCCGCUAGACGAGGCAUGCCCAAGCUGGUGGGGAAGCUCGACAAGCUCCGCGGGCGGGCGCGGCACAGCCGCAACACCGAGGAGUUUGGACACUACCAGCUCCUGGAAGACGAGGGCGAGGAGGAGUGGCAGACGUCUGAGAGCCGGCCGCGGCUCAGGGGCUGA